GCGGCCGCGCGUCCAUCGACGACGUCGAGCGCGCGUCGCGAGGCGACAAGACCAAGUCCAUGGGCGUCGUCGAGCGCGAGGCGCCGUAUCGCCUGACGAGGGACGAGCGCGAGGCGUGGGAGCGAGCGAAGAGACGAGGGCCGGGCGUCGGCGGGUUCGCGAAGGGCGUCGGCGGCGGCGGGUUCGUCGAGUUGGCGACGAAGCAACGCGACGACCUCGCGCCGCGGCGGCACGCGCUCGUGAACACGCACCGGCUGUACUGCGACGCGAUCAACUCCGUCUUCGUGUGCGUGGAGCAGGAGCCUACGAAGGGCGAGGACGAGAUCGUGAUCGACGUGUCGACGCUGAGGGUGGAGCGAGACGGCGCGAUUCGCGCGCGGAUCGAAUCGGUCGCCAGAGCCGCCGCCGCCUCGGAGACGACGACGAGCGGCGAUGGACGCGGCGACGGGAUCGUCUCCGUGAUCGACGAGUGCGGCGACGAGGAGCCGCUGGACGCGAUGAUGCGCGCGGUCGAGGCGUCGAGGGUGACCGAGCUCGUUGUGGGGCCGCCGGAAAUGUCGGAAAUGUCGGACGCUGACGUGGAAUUGUCGGACGGGUUGUCGGAGAAGAAAAAGAAGAGCGCCGCGCCGCCGACGGCGGCGGACGUCGCGGCGGCGGAGGCCGCCGCCGCCGCCGCCGCCGACGCCGUCCGCGAGCUCAAGUCCCUCCCGGGGAAGACCAACGCGGACGCGGACGUCGCGGAGCUCGUGCGCGAGCUGCUCGCGAAGCGCGCGACCGCGGAGGCGACGCGAGCGGCGAUGGAAGCGAACGCCCCGGAGGCGAUCGCGACGGCGAGGGAGGCCAAGGCGCGCGAGACGCGCGCGAUCGAGGAGGAGGCGAGGCGGAUGCUCGGCGAGCUUCCCGUGCACGGGCUCCCGGAGCGGCGCGUGCGCGUGACGUGCGCCGACCGCCCGACGGCGAAGCGCGUGAGCAAGGCGCUCGCCGGCGCGAACGUGCUGGAGGCUUUGGCGGAUGCGGCGGCGGCGGAGGAGGAGGAGGAGGUGGUGAGCAGCGAAGAGGUCGCGACGGCGUGAGGACGACGACGACGACGAG